AAGUUAUUCAUGAACAAAGUUUAUUCAUUCAGUGGGAUGGUGGGGAAGGUUGCAGUAAUCUUGUUGAUUGGAGUUUUGGCAUGGUGUUAUCAGUCCAUCCGUCCUCUGCCACAAAACCUCUGCGGCUCUCCCGGCGGUCCGCCGGUCACGGCGCCCAGAAUCAAGCUGAGGGACGGCAGACAUUUAGCUUACAAAGAACAUGGAGUACCUAUAGAAUCUGCCAAACACAGAAUCAUAUAUAUACAUGCCUUCUCCUCUUCUAGACAUGAUGCAGUCGUUAUAACACAACUAUCUCCUGAGGUCAUUGAGGAACUAGGACUGUACGUUUUGGCAAUUGACAAACCAGGGUAUGGAGAAAGUGAUCCUGACCCAAAUAGAACCACGAAAAGCUUAGCUUUAGAUGUGGAAGAAGUUGCAGAUAAGUUGGGUCUUGGACCCAGAUUCUAUGUGGCUGGACACUCUAUGGGAGGCCAAGCUAUUUGGGGAAUUCUUAAAUAUAUCCCUCACAGGCUAGCAGGAGCCACAUUGCUUUGCCCUGUUGUGAAUUACUGGUGGCCUGGAUUUCCUGCAAAUUUAUCGAAAGCAGCUUACUACCAGCAGCUGCCACAGGAUCAAUGGGCGCUGAGAGUUGCUCACUAUGCUCCAUGGCUUCUCUACUGGUGGAAUACCCAGAAAUUAUUCCCUGCAUCCGCUGUUAUUGCUCGUAGGCUGGAGAUCUUUUCCCCACAGGAUAAGCAAAUUCUGCUAAAAAUUGCUAGGAGACAAGAUCUAAUGUCAAUGGCAAUGCAGCAAGGGAUACACGAAUCUUUAAAUCGGGAGAUGAUAGUUGGAUUCGGGAGUUGGGAAUUUGAUCCCAUGGAUCUGCAGAACCCAUUUCCAAACAAUGAAGGGUCAGUUCAUCUAUGGCAAGGAGAUGAAGAUGGUAUUGUGCCAACAAUUCUGCAACAAUACAUUGCUAAAAAACUUCCAUGGAUUAAAUACCAUGAAUUACCCGGUGCAGGACACAUGUUUCCUUAUGCAGAUGGAAUGGCUGAAGCUAUUAUAAAAACCCUUUUACUUGGAGAGCAGUAGUUUCUUCUUCAUGCUUCAACUACUCUGUAUUUCCCUUUUCUGGGUCAUUUUCACCCAUCUUUUACGUCUUGUUUGUUGAGGUUGAUUUUGGUACAUGUUUGUUUCUAUGGAAAAAUGAAAA